UGUUCGAGCGGGAUCAGAAAAUUUCAAAGAUGGAGGAUUGACUCAAAACAUUGACACCGGAUGGUGAAAAAAAAUACGAGUACAGCUCCAUGUGUCAGUAAUGACACUGACUAAGUUUCAUAAAAUGCAUGACAUGGACUGGUCCAACACACUGCGAAAAUUCUUAAGUGCUAAACGUGUUCGAACCAUUCCUAAAGAUAACAAUGAAGAAGUAGAAGAGUUCACCAAACUGUACAAAGAAUGGAAGGGACUUGGUGAAAAUUACAAAAAUGUCCCAAGCCUGUAUGUUAAGUUGCCCUCUGAAGAUGAGCCCCUGUUGUUGAAACUAAGAGAAGAAUCAAGGGCUGUGUUUCUACAACGGAGAAGCAGGGAGUUACUGGACAAUGAUGAGCUACAGAAACUGUGGUUCCUCCUGGACAAGCACCACACCCCACCACUGCUGGGCGAGGAACAGAUGAUCAGCUAUGAGGACUUCCUACUAGUCGGGAAGGAGGCAGGACUAAAGUGCAAACCAUUUUUUCAUGCAACUGUAUUCAGCAAGCUGCUCCAGUCUGAUCCAUUCGGGCGGAUCUCCAUCAUGCAGUUCUUCAACUAUGUGAUGAGGAAGGUGUGGCUCCACCAGACUCGGAUAGGACUCUCACUCUACGAUGUGGCUGGCCAGGGAUAUCUGAAGGAGUCGGAUUUAGAAAACUAUAUCUUGGAACUGAUACCAACACUGCCACAGCUGAAUGGCCUGGAGAAGUCUUUCUACUCAUUCUAUGUCUGUACAGCUGUGAGAAAAUUCUUCUUUUUCCUGGACCCUCUGCGAACUGGCAAAAUCAAAAUACAAGAUAUACUAGCUUGCAGUUUCUUAGAUGAUCUGUUGGAGUUGCGAGAUGAGGACUUGUCCAAAGACAUGCAGGAGUCCAACUGGUUCUCUGCGCCCUCAGCACUGCGAGUCUAUGGACAGUAUCUUAACCUGGACAAGGACAGGAACGGGAUGCUCAGCAAGGAGGAACUAGCGAGGUACGGUACAGGGACCCUGACGGACGUGUUCCUCGACCGGGUGUUCCAGGAGUGUUUGACAUACGAGGGAGAGAUGGACUACAAGACAUAUCUGGACUUUGUGCUGGCCAUGGAGAACAGACGAGAACCUCAAGCUCUACGUUACCUCUUCCGGAUUCUUGAUGUGCAACAUAGGAGCAAUCUUAAUGUCUUCUCUCUCAACUAUUUCUUCAGGGCGAUCCAGGAGCAAAUGAAACUACAUGGCCAGGAACCUGUGUCUUUCCAGGACGUGAAGGAUGAGGUGUUCGACAUGGUCAAACCAGCCAACCCCCUGGCCUUGUCUCUACAAGAUCUCAUCAACUGUGGCAAAGGGGACACAGUUGUAAGUAUUCUCAUAGACCUGAAUGAUUUCUGGACAUAUGAGAACAGAGAGUACCUGAUGCCUGAGAUGACGGAGGACUGACUAUAGGCCAGUAUAGGAGGAUUGGGAGUUUAUCACCAGGACAAACAGUGUCAACGAUGUUUGUCAGCUCAGGCCAUUCAGGUCGCCUCACAUGAGACGAAAGUGUUUGUGUAUGUGAUUUGUGGAGCCUCAAAACACAUUUGUAAAACUUUGCCGAAGAAGAUGGUGACAGUUGAUCCGUACACGGAAUGGACCGAGACUCGCAUCAUUCCCGCCUGGUGUCCAUCACUGCCAGCAGUAACUGUCCUCAUGUGUCAACAAUGCAAUUGCCUUCAUUCCAGUGACCACAAUCUGGGAACAUGGUCUUCAUUCACACACAUUGCUCAUUACUCGUGCCAGCUACAAUAAUCUUAUGUUGCUACUGCUUCCCCUGGGAUAAGAAUCACCACUGUCUUUUGUCUUAAUUAACUGGGACCCACUCAACAUGCUCAACAUUCAUAUCCUAGCACACCAAUUAUAGAUCAUUCUAAAUGUAUAUGUUGAGUAGUGCAGUAGUUGUGUUCACUUACAGUCUUGGGUUCGAUUCCCUGUAUGAGUAUGGUGUGUGAAGCCCUUCGAGGGCAUAAUGAGCGAAGCCCAGUAAUUGUAAUUUACAUCGUGUAUAGCUGUAACAUGGCUAAAGGUCAGGUGAAAUGCUGCCCAUUUACCUUGUCUAUUCCUGUUUCUGUAUUGCUGUAUGGGGUCUAGUGUCAUGUUUACAUUGUAGGGAACAAGGAGAUUGCUCACAUGUGUUGUUAUGCUUGCAAUGGGUGAUGUUACAUUCCUCGUGCAUGUGUAGUCAUGUGUACUGUAAUAGUGGUUGGAGAAGUUUAACAAGGUUUCAGGGAUAUCCUGGAGUUAAUAACUAACCAGCAUUUUAUCACGCUUGAGAUUUUGCAUUUUCUGUGUUCACAUUAAAGUUAUUCCUGUUCCACUAUUAAACAAUGGUGACUGAUUAAUUAUUUGUCAGCUGUGCUUGAACGUCUUUCAAUUUUGUGAAUAAGUAUCAUUAUCGCAGUGGUAGGUGAUUUAUUUUUUUUGCUUUAACAUAAACAGAAGCCAUUGCUAUAGUUGUAUGAAACAAAUAUUCUUUUUAUUUCAGUGGAUGCAAUGCCCUUAUUAGAUAUUUUUAUACAUGUAUGUUAAAUUGGGGGAACGGGUGGCCCAUUUGUCCUUGUUUGCUGCAAUUCGUUGUGCAGAGUUGCAUCCCUUAGGUGUGACAGAAACCGAUGAUCGAGGGUUCGAAUUUCUGGUUCGGCCUGAUUAUGUUUCCAGGAUUGCCAACACCAUACCCGUGCUCAUGGGUUGCAAAAAAGUUGUAAACGUCUAAGACCUGUAUCACUUAGGGCUUUCAAGUAUCAUCAGGCUAUACCAGUAACUGAAAUGCUGUUCAACUCAUUCACUCACUAUGUGUUAAAUUACUGGGAAAUUGUUAGAAAUUAAAGCUUGUUCAUUUUCUUUCACCAUGUUCAUGAACAUUACUGUAUUAACCAUGAAUAGAGAUAGAGUUUGCAAGAUGAGAUUGAGAAAAUUCAGCAAUAACAAUGUCAUGUCCACAAACACAUUGAUGCUUAGCUGAGACUGUUGGUCAUUACACCAUACUGUUACUACUGUUACCCACAUUGUCAUGCCAAAAUCUUCUUACUUGCAUUGCAUUUAACAUGUAUAAUUCCCAGAAGACUUCAGGAUUAUGUUUUGGUGAAAACCUUGUCAACUCGGUCGUUAGUUUUAAGACGAGAAGUGUGUGGAUAUUUCACACAUGGAAGUGUCAUCGCUGAUGACCUAGGUCCUCUGUCACUUGUCGUCAACUCAGCUUCAAUCAGUUGAUCAGAAACCACUAUAUCAACUUCAUGUACCUGUCUUGACUAGUUACCCUGCAAUCAACUCCAUAGGUCUGUGACUUUAGCCACUAGUCCAAAGCCCAAGUCUUGUAACAGUCUCUUUGGCCCUGCAACUUCAAUUUAUAAUUCUCCAAUUUGAUGACACAAAAGUCUAUUGAAAAUCAUGCCGAAAGCCAAUUUGAGUUAAGUAGACUCGUAAUAGUUAAGCGCAGACUGCACCAUGUACACUGGGCGUGAGAUAUUCCAACCUGUUUUAAGAAUGGAUGCUUCAGUUUGAUGUCAAUAAGUUGCUAUGUAUUUUGAUGCAGGGAAGGAAUCAACUAUAUUGACUCAUCCAAAUUUGACUUGGUGAAAUAAUCUAAAGAUUUUGCCAGGAACAUGGUGUCUAAGCACCAUACCCAUACCAACAAAUGAUAAGGGUUUGAGUUAACAAGGUUUUACUGUAUAUGAUUAUCACUGUGUAGCAGUGGUAGACACACACUGCCCAGCUCGUGAGCAUGUCAGGUAGGGUUAUUUACACUUUACGUAAAAAGCAUUGAAUUUCCUAUACAUAUAUUACCAGCCUUGCAAACUCAUGAAGGUAGCCAUGCUUGCAUGUCCACUUCUGUAUCUCUGUGUGGGCAUGUAGUGACAGUCCUUGAAUGUGCAACAACUACAUGGUUUGUGAUAUCAACAGCCACAGUCGGCCUUUAUUCAGCAAUAGUUGUUGUUUUUAACUUGCAAAUAUUUUACUCAUGACGGUGAAGGACCACCUGUUACUUCAUAUUACUAGAGGAAAUUUGUCAUGGCAUAACAGAUUUACUAUAGUAAUAUAAGAGUUAGUUGGUUCUUAACAUUUUUUGAGUAGUAUAUAACCAUGAAGUAACACCAAAUCAAAUGUCCUGGGUGCCAUUGUACAAAACAACCUUAGCACUGCGCCGUCGUAUGUCUAUGUUAAGAUAUGGGAGUUACUAUUACCUUUGCGCUAAGAUUGCUUUGUACAACGGCACCCUGCUAUGUGACCACUGUUUGCAAAUUUGUAGGACACAUUUUUAGUUUUGUGGUGAGUUGCCAAUCUGAAUGUAAGGUGUUAGUUAUGUUAGUUAUAGAAACAUUGUACAGUAAUUAGAAGGGAUUAGAUGGGAUUAGAACUGAAUGUUAGAGAAGUUAUGUAGUUAGGAUGAUGUCAUGGAACUACCACUGCCAGUAUUAGUGUUCAGGUGAGUCCAAAAUGUCCUGCCGGACCAUAUCAUUUGGCAUUAACAACACCAAAUUUUGAUCAUGGUUGAAUUUGUUAUGUAAUAGGGACCAUGUUAAUAUAGUAACAUGCUUGUGAUUAUAUGUUUUGCUUGAUGGUUGACCGAACGAUAAUCAUUAUUUACAUUGAGGGGUGAUCUCAAAUUUACACAUUGACACUUUGUUGAUGCAUGAUCUGUUUUGUCUCUUUGGUCUUGCAUAUAGGUGCAUGUACAUUUGAUAUUACCCCUCCCUGCUAGGACACCAAUACCAUUGCAGCUGCUGAGAAAGGCUGAUUUGCAUUGUUCCAAAGUGUUAUAUGUGAUACAGUGUGUGAAUGUGUGUAGAUGAAAUAUGUGCAGUUUUGCUGUCCAGUUUGUGUUGGUAUUAUGGGAUGGAGUAGGGGGUUAUAUUGUUGUUAUACAAGGGGUUGGAUAUUAUUGUCAUUUACAGCAAGGGGUUUACAGCAUCAGACUUAGGAGGCUUAUGUGCUGUUGGGGAUGCUGUUGCAGCAAACAUCAACUUCAGAUAGAUUCUAGGGAUGGGGAGUCUGCUAGGGGAUAGAUCAUCAAAGGGUGGGUGGGGUGUACUGUGUGAGGGUCUCACUGCUACAGUGUGUGUACAGUGAGCUUCAGCAGCCACCAUGUAUGCUAUGUCUCAUUUAUGCAAUGUUUACUGGUAUCACAAUAAAGAUUUGAAAGCUAA